GUUAAAGUGACUGAAGAACUAGCAGUCGCUACCAGCCAGGUUGCCAAGUUGCAGCUAGAGCUCACAUCCCACCAGAAGAAGGAGAUGGAGUUACGGAGCCAGCUCGCGUCAGCAUUGCAGGAGGCAGAGGGACAAAGGCUAAGGCUCAAUAAUGUGGAAGUCCAAUUAACAGAGCUACAGGAAGUGUCGGAGCAUGCUCGGACUCAGUGCAAGGCAGAGAAACAAAGCCGCAAGGAGCUUGAGGUGAAGGUUGCCGGUCUGGAGGAGGAGCUUAUGGAUCUGCGAGCUGAGAGAGAAAAUCUGGAGAAGAAUUUAGCAGAAAGGAAGAGGAAAGCAGUAACAGAGCGGCAGCGGGCAGAGGAGGAGAUGGAUGAAAUCCGGAAAUCGCAUGAGGAAGAACUGGAAAAAGUGCGGUCGUUGCUGAAGAAAACCCGAACAUCGACCGACCAGGCUGCAGCAGAGCAGCUUGCUGUGAUGCAGGCGGAAUUGGAAUCUCAGUGGCAGGCCAAAUGUGAUCGGAUGCUGGCAUUGGCCAAAGAACAGCACAGUCAGCAGUACCAAGAAGUCUGUGAACUACGGGAUUCCCAGCAGCUUCAGAUCUCCCAGUUGGAGGCAAAG